UCUGGGAGUCUUGGCCACCCAUUCAUGCAAGCUGCAAGACCAGAAGCCGAAAGUCUGUUCGCAUCACACAACCUUAUCUCAUUCUAACGGAAAUCUCCCAUAACAUUUUGCUUCGCAAAUCUACAAGUGCCGACUAAGGGUUGUGACGCCGUGCGGUAGCAGCCAACCAUGGCAGAAGCUCACCAGGCGGUGGCCUUCCAGUUCACCGUCACCCCCGAUGGGAUCGAUCUGCAGCUGUGUCACGAGGCCCUCAGGCAGAUCUACCUCUCCGGACUCCACUCCUGGAAGAAGAGGUUCAUCCGCUUCAAGAAUGGGGUGAUGACGGGUGUGUAUCCAGGAAGUCCAUCUGGGUUCUUGGUGGUGGUGGUGUCUUACAUGUCCUCCACUAAAUAUGCCAGCAUGGACCCCUCCCUGGGACUAGUCACCAGACUGGGACGCCACCUGUCCCUCAGUCAGUACAUGUCCACAGAGAGCCAGAGGAUGGUGGGAGGUGUCCUGGUGAGCACAGGCCUGUGGGUGGGCAUCAUCUUUGUCAUGAGGAACACCCUGAAGUGCCUGCUGUCGUGGCAUGGCUGGAUGCACGCCAGUCACGGCUCCAUCAACUGGUCCACGCGCCUCUGGAUGUUACUGGUGAAGGUGUUCUCUGGCAGGAAGCCAAUGCUGUACAGCUUCCAGAACUCUCUUCCCCGGCUCCCAGUGCCCAGCAUCCAGGACACCACCAGGAGGUACUUGGAGUCCGCACGCCCUCUCAUGGAUGACACCCAGUUUGAGAGGAUGAAGGGCCUGGCCGAGGACUUUGAGAAGAACCUGGGUCCCAGACUGCAGUGGUACCUCAAACUCAAGUCCUGGUGGGCCUCCAACUAUGUUAGUGAUUGGUGGGAAGAGUACAUCUACCUCCGCGGCCGGGGGCCCAUUAUGGUCAACAGCAACUACUAUGCAAUGGACUUCCUGUAUGUCUUCCCCACUAACCUCCAGGCAGCCAGGGCAGGCAACGCCAUCCAUGCUAUCAUGCUCUACAGGAGGAAACUGGACAGAGCUCAGAUCCAGCCUAUUUACUUGCUGGCCAACAAGGUUCCCCUGUGUUCGGCCCAGUGGGAGCGCAUGUUUAAUACCUCCCGUGUUCCCGGCAUAGAGACAGACUCCAUCCAGCACAUGAACGAGAGCAAGCACAUUGCCGUGUUCCACAAGGGCCGCUUCUUCAAGGUGUGGAUGUUCUAUGACGGUCGUCUUCUGUUGCCCCGAGAGAUUGAACAGCAGAUGGAGAGGAUCCUGGCUGACCAGUCUGAGCCUCAGUCUGGAGAGGAGCAUCUGGCUGCUCUCACCGCUGGGGAGAGGACACCAUGGGCCAAUGCCCGUGACACUUACUUCAGCCGUGGGAAGAACAAGCAGUCCCUGGAUACCAUAGAGAAGGCCGCCUUCUUCGUAACCCUGGACGACACAGACCAGCGAUACGACACUGAGAACCCGGUCACGUCGCUAACCACCUACGCCAAAUCCCUCCUCCACGGGAAAUGCUAUGACAGGUGGUUCGAUAAGUCCUUCAACCUCAUCAUCUUUAAGAACGGCAGCAUGGGCCUGAAUGCAGAGCAUGCCUGGGCCGACGCACCAAUCAUCGGCCACCUCUGGGAGCAUGUGCUCUCCAUGGACCCUGUCAAGCUGGGCUACACUGAGGAGGGCCACUGCAAAGGGGAACCGCACCCCAACCUGCCGGGGCCCCAGAGGCUGCAGUGGGAAAUCCCUACAGAGUGCCAGGAUGUUAUCCAGAGCUCUCUGAAGGUGGCCAUGGUCCUGGCUGAUGACGUGGACUCUCAUAUCUACCCCUUCACCGACUUUGGCAAAGGCCUGAUCAAGAAGUGUCGAACCAGCCCUGACGCCUUCAUCCAGAUCGCCCUGCAGCUGGCUCACUACAGGGACAAGGGGAAGUUCUGUCUGACCUAUGAGGCUUCUAUGACACGUCUGUUCAGAGAGGGGCGUACGGAGACUGUCCGCUCCUGCACCAUGGAGACCUGCGCCUUCGUACGCGCCAUGAUGGGGGAUGAGAAGAGAGAGGAGCGGUUGCGCCUCCUGAAGGUGGCAGCAGAGAAGCACCAGAGCAUGUAUCGCCUGGCCAUGACAGGGCAGGGCAUCGACCGCCACCUCUUCUGCCUCUACGUGGUGUCCAAGUACCUGGGCGUGGACUCUCCCUUCCUCAAGGAGGUGCUGUCUGAGCCCUGGAGACUGUCUACCAGUCAGACGCCCCUCCAGCAGGUUGCUCUGUUUGACCUGGCCAGACACCCGGAAUACGUGACUGCAGGAGGAGGCUUCGGACCGGUGGCAGAUGAUGGUUACGGGGUGUCCUACAUCAUCCUUGGAGAAGAACUCAUCAACUUCCACAUCUCCAGCAAACACUCAAGCCCAGAAACUGACUCCCUCCGUUUUGGAGGAACCAUCAAACAGGCCAUGAUGGACAUCCUGGAUCUGUUUCAGCUUGAUAAGAAAGCCAUCAAGUGACCUCCCUUGGCCCCUCCCCCUCUCGUUUGCCUUCACAAGGAGACAAAUAAACGUCCUUUCAGCCCAGUGUCAUGACGACGCCUCCCGGAUUGUGUCCAGGCGUCAAGUUUUUAGUUUGUUAGUGGAUUAAAUUGUUAAUGUAUGUAUGAACGCAGUUUAGACGGAAGAAACUGACACAUUGUAAAAAGAAAAUGGCCGUUUAUGUCACAUUGUUUUGUUGAUGUUUUAUUCUCGUGAAGUGUGCACGUUUUGCUUUGGCGGGAUUGUUGUGGUACGAAGUAGCAUUAGUGCACAGAUCAAAUGUUUAUCUGCAGGCCUGAACACACACACACCUGUGCCUUGCGUACCUAUUAGUAGGAGGAGGGGAGGAGGGGAGGAGGGAAGGACGUCUCCAUGUGAAUUGACUCACUCAGUCAGAUGGAACUGAAGCCCCAACCCAAGAUGGGGAAAGAAAGAAAUGUUCAAUGACCACCUUAACAUGGCUGUGCUUGUCAUUGGGAUUUCAGUUCCUUGUGCUGAGUGUUUGAGUUGGGAUGACCUCUCGGACCUCCACCACGUGAGCUGAGGCCCAGUCUAAGGACUGCUUCUUUCAGCUGCUACGCUUUAGUGAUGAGAAGGCAACAAUGUGUUUUUGUUGUCGUUUCCAUACUCAGGAUUUUGUUAGUUUUUUUUUUUUUCGCCUAGUUUUAGAGUUCCAUCAGGUGCUUCAGUAUUGUACUGUACCAGGACUGCACUUAGGAUGGGGUGCACUAUAUGACAUGACACUGCUUAGCACCACUUCUCCUAGCAUGACUAGAUGGCCUUGCUCUGGCCGAACAAUGUCUAGAGGAGAUUGUUUCCAGGGAGUGUGACUUGCUGAAGGGGCUGAUUUUCACUGGUAUGCAGGGCUGCCAAUGGUAACUCCUCUCAAAGGAUUAAUAUAGGAUCUAUUGAACCUAGCUCCUCUCCUGGAAGCUUGUUCCUGUGUUGUUGGGUUUAGGGAAGGCCACUGCACUUUUAGUUUGGCUGAGGUUCCCCCCACGACUGCUCCCUCUUCAGCUCAAACCUAACUAGUUGCCUUGGUAGCC